GGAAUCUCCCAAAACGGUACGCGAUUGGAUCUGUUUUGGUGCAGGCGGCCUUCCCCUCUCAUUCCCAGUGUGCACGUUUUUCUCAGAGGCCCUUGAUCCAUUCUCGUUGCAGUGGUAGCAGGCUCUGACGCCCACCUGACGCCAGCGCACGCACGGCACCAUUCGGAUCGCCGUUGAGGCACGUGGAUCUGCGAGGUGCGGCGCGCGGCGGCCGCCAUGACGUACUUCCACUUCUUCAACUGCGCCGCGCUGUCCUUCGCGCCGCACGUCAUCUUCUACAAGGCCACCCCGCUGUCGGAGUACGGCACGUGGACGGCCAGCCUCAAGGCGGCGCUCGUCUUCUUCGCCGCCAUGCUGCUCAAGAUGAUCCUGUGGGCGUCGCUGCUGCCCGAGUCCGACCAUGACCCCGCGCUCGCCGCCUCCUCGCACCUAGACGCGCGCCAGGAGGCGCUGCGCGCGGUGAUAGGCGCGGGGGUGGACCUGGCGGGCAUGCGGUAUGCGCUGGUGCACGUGAGCCACCGCAACAUGGCGUUUGAACACAAGUUCCAGGCCGUGGGGCUCGGGUGGGCGCUGGCGGAGUCAGUGAGCAAGCGCCUGGUGCCGCUGUGGGUGGGGGCGGGCGGCAUGGAGUUCAAGUGGGACUUCAUCGUGGACGCACUCUCCUCCAACAUCGAGCUUGUGUCCACUGUGACGCUGGCGGCGCUUGCGUCUCUACUGUGGCUACGCCGCAGCAAGCCGCCUGCCCUGGUGCCGCUCAUCUACAUCACUGCUGCACUGCUGGCCGCGCUGCCCUUCUCCUCCAGCUUUCUUGAGCACGGCUUGGGGUGGCAGCAGUAUGAGGUGGCAGGUGCUCAGCUGGCAGCGUGCACUGUUGCUGCGAUCGUUACAUGGCGCCUCUUCUCUGCGUGCUCACGCCAGCCAUCCCCUGCUUGAGACCCUACCCUCCUCAUGUAGCGUUACUAGGGUGGAGCUGUGGCAUCCCAGCCACCGCACCUGUGACUGGCCUGUUGCCAUGAGACUGGUUGGGCCCUCUAUUGCUGUUGUGCUGCCAAUCUAAACAAAUUUAGUACUUAUCACAAACGCGCGGAUACGCGACCCUAGGGUGUAGAUUGUAGAAUAAAAGGAGGGAGGUGUUGGAAAUGAUAGAAGGACUUCGGCAAAUAAACUAAGUCCCGAGCUGGCGAGAAAACGAAACGUCACAGUGCCCUGUGUUAA